CUUUGGUAUAAGUAGGUGGUUGAUGGCUUUUACCUUCCUCUGGUUCAUAGCUCAUUCUUCAGUAGCUGUCUCUGGCUCCAAGUCCCAACUACUCAUUAUUAUCACACAUCAUGUCUACGAACCGUAUCGCUGUCUACGGCCAUCGCGGAUUGUUCAGCUCUACAAUUGCUGCUGCCCUUGUCGCGUCCGGCGCACCUGUUACCGUUCUGUACCGCCCUGAAUCGGACGCUUCUGGAUUCCCCGCUGGCGUUCCGACGAUCAAGGUAGACCCCUUCGACGAGGAUGCGUUGGUUGCGGCGUUGCAGGAUAUUGACAUCGUGAUCUCUCUAGUGGGAGACAAAGGCAUUGAUGCUGAGCACGGAUUUGUCCGGGCUAUUCCUCGAACCAAGGUCAAAUUGUUCGUACCAUCGGAUCUUGGCCUUCGCUAUGGCGAAGAAGGAAUGCUGGUCCCUGUUCUAAAGAGAAAGGAGGAUGUUCAGGAGGCCGCUAGAAAAGCGGGUAUUCCGUUGACUGUCAUUUUGAUCGGUAACUUUGCAGAGUAUACCCUUGGCUCAGUCGCAAUGGGUAUCGACGUUAAGGGAAAUAGGCUUUGCUACACCGGCAACUCGGCCAAGGAGAAGGCGAUCAUGAGCACGGCAGACUACGUGGCAGCUGCAUAUGUCUCAAUCUUCACUGGCAAUCCGGUUUCCGAAAUCAGCAACCGAGCCAUCGCUGUGAUCGAGCUCGCCCCUACAGGCGAAGAGAUCGCUGAAUCACUCCGGAAAAAGCACGGUGAAGAGCCCAAAAUCUCCUAUCAAAGCGCUGAAGAAGCCACUGCGCAGUACCACACUCACCGCAACUCCGGCCAUCCAAUCCUCUCCUUGCUUUCUGGAGCAUGGUUCUAUCGCAAACUCUGGGGUACUGGCGAGCUGACCAGUAUGCUCGGCUUAGACAUUUGGGAUGUUGCUGGGUACCGGAAGGCCACAAUUGACGAUCUCAUUGUUGAAGGAAUGGUCAGACCUUAUCGGGAUCUGUCCAUAUACCUGCCGUACCUUGAACCAGUCAUGUUUCCAUAA